AUGCAGGCGGAAGAUGCUGACCAACAAUACUUGAUCUUGAAUGCGGCCAGGAAACACUUUGGGAAUGGUGGGAACAUGAGGAUUAAGUACACCCUGCCUCCAUUGGUGUUUGCAGCCUACAAAUUGGCUUUUAAGUACAAAGAACUAGAAGAGGAGGAUGAUAAGUGGGAGAAAAAAUGUCAGAAGAUUUUCCAGUUUUGUCACCAGACGAUAGGAGCCCUGAUAAAGGCAGAGAUGGCCGAGGUCCCCCUGAGACUCUUCCUUCAGGGAGGUCUGGCUGCUGGAGAGAUAGGAUUUGAAAACCACGAGUCUGUAGCAUAUGAAUUCUUGUCACAGGCAUUUUCACUGUAUGAGGAUGAAAUCAGUGACAGUAAGGCCCAGCUCUCUGCCAUCACUUUAAUCAUUGCCACAUUUGAGAAAAUGAAGUGUUUUGGAGAAGAGAACCAUGAACCUCUCAGAACACAGUGUGCUCUGGCAGCCUCAAAACUUCUGAAGAAACCAGACCAGUGUCGUGGCGUGGCUACGUGCUCACAUCUGUUCUGGUCAGGAAAAACGCGAGAGUCCGAAGGGGAAGAGGUCCAGGAUGGUAAACGUGUGAUGGAGUGUCUAAAGAAAAGCCUGCGGAUAGCCAACCAGUGCAUGGACAGCUCUGUCCAAGUGCAGCUCUUUGUGGAGAUCCUCAACCACUACAUAUAUAUGUAUGAAAAAGGAAAUGACCAGAUGACGGUCCAGGUGCUAAAUCAACUAAUUGGAAAGAUCCGCGAAGACUUGCCAAACUUAGAAUCCAAUGAAGAGACUGAGCAGAUUAAUAAGCAUUUCCAGAACACCAUUGAGCAUUUAAGACUGAGACAGGAGUCUCCAGAGAAUGAUGGACCUACUUAUGAAGGUCUCAUUCUUUGA